AUAAAAGCAACUGAGUCUAUUUUUAUAUCCUCUUUGAUUUCUCAAUUUUUUUCGGGUGCUGAUUAUACAAAAAAAUAUUCACGUAUAUUUCAUCACGUUCCUGUAACGCCCUGUAAAAUAAGCAAAAGAGAAGAUAUGAUCAUCUUUGAUCGCUUUUUAUGUUGUGUGAAACUUAAGCUGUUUGGCAAAGUUAUAGGAUGGACCGGCUUGAUGAUAUCACUAAUGAUUGCGUAUGCAACAUUUUUGGUUGCUGGUGGCAGAAAAUCUGCUGGUCAAAAUGCACCAAAUGAAGUUCUAAGGCAUCUUUUUAAUGAUGAAGUGCAUCAACAAAAAAUCGGAUGGAAGAAGAGCUUUGCAAGGACAUUUUGGACAUGCUUUAUAGCCAUUUCAUUCCUUUUGAUGGUCCGAAUGUUGAGGUCUACGAUAAGAAAAGGAACAAUAUCGACAAGCAUUAAUUUGGACACAAGUUAUCGAGAUUGGGACAAUGCAUUUCCAGCUGUGUCUUUAUGCCUAACUAAAGGAAGAUCUACAGCACCAAUUAAAGCAUCUGUUGGCACUUCAAUGCUUCGUGAAGAUGGAGGAGAAUUCAAAUUGUCAAUGAGACACUAUCGAGUUAUGCAGAGUUUAUUAUUUGUGAAUUAUCAGGAACCGACUGAAGGGAUAUCUAUUGAGACUUGUCUUGAAAUGAACACAACAUGUGGGAUGAAUUUUGACUAUCAAAGAAAGAAGCUAAUUCCACACACAUGUGAGGGAGUCAUGGAUCGAGUAUUUUACAUGGGAGAAGAGAUGAAUUGCUCGGACAUUUUUAUACCAAUGGAAACUGAAUAUGGGACAUGUUUUGUGGCUAAUAGCUUGUAUAAUAAAAGAACUGACGGACAAGAGAAUCUUGAGAAUUUUGAUGACCUUCCGUUGCGUUUUUCCAACAAUGACUAUCGAGAACGCUCAUUUGAGUUUCAUUACCGCGAAAAUGACUUCCUGCUUUAUAAGCUCUUCAUCCACACACCCGAAGAACUACCAAAUGGGAAGUUAGAAAGUGUUGGUUUACGUAAAAUUGGAGGAAUGACAAAAUUUGCGAUAAAAACAACGGAAUUUCUGAAUCAGGAUGACGUAAAAUAUGAAUCCAUUGAAGCACGCGAAUGUCGCUUUCCAUUUGAAAGAUUCGACACACUGAACUUGCCUUACAGUCUUAAUUACUGCCGAUACUUAAAACGCAUACAGCGCGAACUCGAAACAUGCAAUUGCACUUUUCCACUCGGACUUAGUUCUAAUCAUUCAAUGAAUGAAUGUGGUGUGACUAAUUUUCAAUGCUUGCAUGACUUGGCGACAGCAACUAAUUUGGAAAUGAAGACUGAAGAAGGAAUUAAGAGGAAUAUUGGUGAGUGCUUAGUUCCAUCAUGUGUUUCGAUGGAAAUUGUUAAAGUUGGAGAAUCUGACUUUAAAUUUGGAUCGACAACAACUGGAUCAGUCAAGAUUGAAGUUGUUAACAUGCCGACUUUAAGAUACGUUCGACGAGUGACUUUUACUAAAUUGGACAUGAUUGUUCAAGUCGGUGGGAUCAUUGGAUUAUUCUUUGGAGCAUCCGUUUUGAGCAUUUUGGAGCUAUUCUACUUGAUUUAUCAGAUGUUUAAUUUGAAAAACCCGUCUAAGAAGGGUCGGUAG